UUUAUUUUUUUUUAAAAAGGCUCCGACUUUUACGGCCCAUUGGAGCGGUGGCGGCUGAACAAAGGGGGUGUGUGCGCGCGCGCCUUUGAGGCGACCGUUUUUUGCCACUCUCGUGGCGUGUAUGGGGGGGGGGGUGUCAGAAGAUAAACUCCUCCCCCUACUCGCACUGUGCGAGUUCAGGGGGGUUUUCGAGGGGCGGGAGACCCUGGUGUUGCUUGCCUGCGAGGAUAGUAAAAGCGGUCGCCCUGCAAGUUUUCUGACAGAGUGGGAACUGGAACCGUGAUCUCCCUGACUCUAGUCUGACAGUAAGCACUGCUCUACAGUGGCUCUCUGCGUAGCUUUGAAGCUGGAUUCUAAAUAGGAUAUUGAAUGUCAGGUUGCAAGCCUUGGCAUACUUGGGAAUGAGCUGUCAUAACUUCUAGCAUCAUGAAUUGAAGCAACAUUCCAUUUGAAAGUCUUUUGAUUACAUAUGAAGUUCCUGAUUUUAAAGUGGCACAACUGCAAUGAAGAAAAGAAGAAAGUUCACUUCAAAUCUAGUUGACAAAAUACGCUGUGAUCACCAGAAGAAAUCUUCAAAUAAGAUUCUUGUAGCAGACUCUGAACAAGAAACUGUUGUUGAUUCUGCAGAGGUUGCUGCUGCAGGUGAGCUUGCAUGUUCCAAAGAACUAUCUCCGUCACAAGAUCAAAGAGAGCUUUUAAGUUCCCUGCAAUAUAACAGAAAUCUUCUCAAAUACUUAAAUGAUGAUCGGCAGAAACAGCCAACUUUUUGUGAUCUUCUCAUAAUUGUUGAUGGAAAAGAAUUCAGUGCCCACAAAGUAGUUGUUGCUGUUGGAAGUAGUUAUUUUCAUGCUUACUUGAGCAAAAAUCCAAGAACAGAUGUAAUUACCUUGGAUCAUGUAACUCAUUCAGUAUUCCAUCAUCUUCUUGAGUUUCUGUACACAUCUGAGUUUUUUGUGUAUAAAAAGGAAAUCCCCUUAGUUUUAGAGGCAGCCAAGUUUUUAGAUAUUAUUGAUGCGGUUAAACUUCUGAAUGGUGAAGAUGUUUCUAAUUCACAGUCUGAGAAGACUGAGAGCCCAUCACGGGUACAAACAUCCAGUGAAUUGACUCAUAAAGUUGCAAGCAAUCACCAGUGUGCUUUGUGCAAUCGGAACUUCUGUUACAAGAAAUCCUUGGAAAAUCACUUGUUCAGAGCCCACAAAUCCUUUACCCGAGAAAAAGAAGAUGGCCUAAAAAUGGUUGAGAGGGCAGAUAUUUCUACAAGAAGGUCAAUGCGAAACCGCAAGUGUCCAGCUAAGUUUGAGCAGAGUGACAAUGAAAGUGAGGAAGCAUCUGAUAGCUAUCUUGAUAAAGAUGCUCCUGGCAAGGAAAGCAGUGAGUCUGAAGACAGCGGGAGUGAGUAUAAUACUGAUGAUGGCAGGAAGGAACAAGACACGUCUGGAGAUGAUACUGGGUCUGAAGAGCAAAGUGAAAAAGAACAGGAAGAAGAUGGUCAAGAACCAGAUAGCCUGGCAGGAAAAAUUCCUGAAAGCACUCUGUCAACAUAUAUCCCAGUGAUCGUGCAGAACAGUAACAAAAAAUGUUUGCGGUGUCCUAAGUGCGAUAAAACAUUUGAUCGAGCAGGGAAAUAUGAGAGCCAUACUCGUGUGCAUACUGGUGAGAAGCCUUUUGAGUGUGACAUCUGUCAUCAGCGCUAUUCGACCAAAUCCAACUUAACAGUUCACAGAAAAAAACACAAUAAUGAAGUAGAAUUUCAUAAAAAAGAACACAAAUGUGAAUACUGUAAUAAACUGCAUGCUACCAAAAAGACUUUGGUUAAACAUGUGAAAAGGUUCCAUCCUGAGAAUGCACAAGAAUUUUUCUCCAUCAAGAAAAAGAAAAGCGAAGGCUGGAAAUGUGAUAUUUGCAGUAAAUCAUUCACUCGAAGGCCUCAUUUGGAAGAACACAUGAUUCUUCACACUCAGAACAAGCCUUUCAAGUGUACCUAUUGUGAAGAGCACUUUAAGUCUCGUUUUGCUAGGCUGAAACAUCAAGAAAAGUUCCAUCUUGGACCUUUUCCAUGUGAUAUUUGCGGUCGUCAGUUUAAUGACACAGGAAAUCUAAAACGCCAUAUUGAAUGUACUCAUGGUGGAAAGAGAAAAUGGACCUGUUUUAUUUGUGGAAAAUCAGUAAGGGAACGAACAACUUUGAAAGAACACUUGAGAAUCCACAGUGGAGAGAGGCCCCAUCUUUGUAGCAUUUGUGGGCAGAGUUUUCGUCAUGGAAGUUCAUACAGACUUCAUCUACGAGUUCACCAUGAUGACAAAAGGUAUGAAUGUGAAGAAUGUGGAAAGACAUUUAUUCGCCAUGACCAUCUAACAAAGCACAAAAAGAUACACUCAGGGGAAAAGGCACAUCAGUGUGAAGAAUGUGGAAAAUGUUUUGGUCGAAGAGAUCACCUCACUGUUCAUUAUAAAAGUGUUCAUCUAGGUGAAAAGGUGUGGCAAAAAUACAAAGCAACAUUUCAUCAGUGUGAAGUCUGCAAGAAAGUCUUUAAGGGGAAAUCAAGUUUGGAAAUGCAUUUUAGGACACAUUCAGGUGAGAAACCCUAUAAAUGUCAAGUUUGCAACCAGUCCUUCAGGAUUAAGAAGACAUUAACUAAACACAUGGUCAUUCAUUCAGACGCUCGCCCUUUUAAUUGCCAAUACUGCAAUGCUACAUUUAAACGAAAGGACAAGCUGAAAUAUCAUACUGACCAUGUGCAUGGGGGAAAAUCCACAGAGGAUUCACCAAGCCCUCUGUCAGAAGAAAAAACAGACUCUCUGCCAACACAGUACACAGCUGAUGACAAGACUUUCCAAAGUGAGGCUAAACCAUUCAUGGAACAGACCAAGGUUUAUCAAGCAGAAACCAAAAGCAUGCUGCAGAAUGUUCCCUCAGACGUAUGUCUACCAGUGACACUGGUACCAGUUCAAAUACAUGACAACACUCAAACGGAUCUUGUACAGCAUGCUGCCGCUCUCACACCCUCGCCUCCCAAUAUUCUUCCUCCACAGGCCCCUCCAACUGAUUAUCAGCGAGCAACGGAUCUGGCUUUUCUAGAAAAAUACACACUUACCCCACAGCCGGCAAACAUAGUUCAUCCAGUCAGACCUGAGCAAAUGUUGGAUCCCAGAGAACCAUCGUACCUUGGGACGCUGCUGGGUCUUGAUACAGCUUCAGCAGUGCAGAAUAUUUCAAGUAAUGAGCAUUCAUGAUCAUGGGGCUGUUGCAUUCCACUGGUCUUAUUAACACUUAGCUGUCAGAAGGCUAAACAUCAUAUUUUCCUUGGCCUCCUCAGGUUUCUGAGAAUGCUGAGCAUAAAGGAAAGCAAGCUUUUUAUGUAAUGGUGAGCAUUCAGCAUUUUAUUGCAUAUUCAGAAUAUGUUCAUCAUGUUUCUUUCCAUAGAUAUUUUAAAGACUUCACAUCUCUUUAAAAAGGUACUGGUUUCCGGAAAUCUGAAUCAGUUUUCUAAUAACUGUCCGGUCUCUAUUCAAUAGUAGCUGUUCAGUCUUAGCAUUUAAUAUUCCUGAUUCACUUUUCUCAUACAAAAUCAUUCUACGAAAUUUAAGGAUGAAAACCACUUAUGCUGAACUUUAUAUUGUAGUUUAGUUUCAGCCCAACAAAUGGCAGUUUAAUUUGUGAACGUUGUUUGUACCUUGGUGUCAGGAUUUGAAAAAGUGGACACA